GCCCGUGCCCCAACCAUGCCCUCUGACGGAGGUUAUAAAAGGCAGUGCCCAACCAACGACGCUAUCACUGUGUGGCACAAUAUACCGAGGAUGUGGAAAGCUAUAGCUGUUACCAGCGCGCUCCUUCUCGCGUUCGGCUUGGUGUUAGCAGAUGAUUCUAGCAGACAGACGAGGAGUUACGGCACACGAAGAUUAGAUUCUGAAACCUUGUGUGCUAAUUCUUCCGAUGUGACGGAAUGUAGGCGAAGGGUGGAGGUCUGCCGUAAUAUGCACAGAAAUAGUCAUCAGCGAACAAGGAUGCACGAGACUCUCACCACAUGCGCUACACAGCUCAACAUUACCCUUCCUACUGGUUACAAUGAAACAAAUGCCCACCAGGCUUUCCGAAAUUGGAUGAGAAAUAACCCAGAGGAUAAACGCCGACUCUUAAACUGCGCUCAUGAAGGGCUGUACAAUGAAGAUGGGACAAUAAACAGAGCAGCCAUGGCUGAGAAAGUGAGGACUCUUCUCCAAGACCAAAAUGAAGAUGCACUUCAACAAGAGCUGACAAACAGAGUGAAUACUUGUCCUGAGGGUGAAAGUAGACGAGAAUUCUUCCAUUGUGUCUUCAUGGGAUGUGCAACACCUCAGUGAAAAAUCACUAUCAAAAUAAUAAAAGACUACUAGAAUAUAUCAAAUAACGAUGAUAUGAGUAACAUUCUGUAUUGAAUAUGAAACUUCCCAUUAUCAAAAAUCCAUUGUGAGUCAACAUAAAAUGCAUUCCACUUGUCAUAAAAAUUAUCUGCCAAGAUACCAAAAAUCGUAUUCACAAAUUGUUUUAAAUUGGCAAACUUUCCUGCACUCUAAAGUAUUUAAGAUCAACUCCAUCCCUUUUGUUUCCAUUGUCAGUUAAUAUUACUUUUAUAAGAAUUCACAAAGCAUAGUCAAUAAUCUUUCAUGGUUGGCAAUUCAUUUCCUUCAAUUUGGUCUGCUAAUAUUGGAGCUCUCAAUGCUAUUUCAUUCAAAAUUCCAAUCAAAGCUACUAACUGUAAUUCUAAAUUCCAUUACUGUACAUUACUAUUUCAGGUCAUUAAAUAUCAUCUGAAGAAAAAGUUUAAUUCUGGAACCUUCUAAAACUCUUUGUUUCAGACAUUCCUGGUAAUCAAGGAAAUCCUUAAAUUUACUGUGGAUCACUAUUAAAAAUAUAUAAAUUCACAUCACAUUUCACUACCAUUUCAUGAGCACUAAAUAAAAGUUGUAAUGUAAAA